GAGUUCUGAAGAUGCUUACAGAAAUGUUUCUACCUCAUAUCAACCACUUAGCAUUGGAACAGACAUUUUUUUCACAAGUAUUACCAAAGUCAGGCAAGAGAAUUAUCAAGCCAAAAUUUAGAACUCCAGGCUACAUUAAGGAACAUUUUACAAUCAAUGGUGCAACUCUUAGGAGCUCUUAGAGGAUGUGUACAACAUGUUUGUACCCUGCAGGAACCCAUAGUUCUAGAGAAUAUACACAGCCUCCCCUCUUCAGUCCUUCACAUAAUCAAGAGCACAUUUGUACAUUGCAAGAAUAGUGAUUCUGUGUACUGUGGACGAUUGCACCUGGUUUCAGAUCUUCUUCAGGCCCUUUUCAAGGAGGCUUAUUCCCUUCAGAAGCACUUAAUGGAACUACUGGAUAUGGUCUGUAUGGAUGCUUCAGUGAUAGAGGAGAAAGAUAUUUCAGAUAUGGCAUCAGUUAUUCAUUCAGUUUUGGAUAUCUGUUCUGUUAUUUCUGGUAUGGACCAAGCUUUUCAUGCCAAUACUUGGAAGUUUAUAAUUAAGCAGAGCCUUAAACACCAGUCUGUGAUUAAGAGUCAGUUGAAGCACAAAGAUAUACUCAGUGCUUUAUGUGAAGACAUUCUCUUCUCCUUCCAUUCUUGUUUACAAUUAGCUGAACAGAUGACACAGUCUGGAACACAGGAUAGUGCUGACAGCAAAUUAUUCCAUAAAAGAGUCAAAUUAUGUCGUUUCUUUACCAAUUCUCUUUUACACUACACUAAGGAAUUUCUUCCUUUUCUCUCUGAUUCCUGCUGUACACUACAUCAGCUUUAUCUUCAGAUACACAGUAAGUUUCCUCCAAGUCUGUAUGCUACAGUGAUUCCCAAGGCACAAGAGAAAGAAAUAUUAGGUGUAUUUCUAGUGGCUCUGGAUCCACUCAUCAGUCAGCUUUUAUCAUUCAGCCCUUUUGUGGAAGCAGUAUUGGGAGACAAAUUAGACAUAUCUUCUGAGCUUCAGCUUCCACAGUGUCUCCUUUUGAUCAACAUAAUGGACAAACUACCUUCUCAGCCUGAAAAUGUACAGAGUCUUUGGUGUCAGAGAAACCAAUAUUCUGAACAUAAAUCCAGAAUAUCUUUGCUUGAAGCUAUUUUCUACAGUUUUGAGCAGUGUUCGAGUGAGCUGUCUUUACCAGCUAAUUUGCCAGAAAUAUUGAGUAGAGGGCAAGCUGAAGUGGCCAUCACCUUAUAUCAAUAUGUCUGUGUUCAUUUGUGCACCUUCAUUACUUCUUUUCACCCAUCAUUGUUUCCUGAACUGGAUGCCACCUUAUUGAAUGCUGUACUUAAUUCUGGAAUGAUCACCUCUUUAUUAGCCAUGGAUAUAUGGUGCUUCCUGGCCCGGUUUGGGACUGCUGAACUCUGUGCCCAUCAUGUAUUUAUAAUAGCACAUUUGAUUAAGUCUUGCCCUGGAGAAUGUUACCAGCUCACUAAUUUGUCAGUUCUGCUAAGGCGACUAUUAUUCCUCAUGGAUACACACCAUCAGAUGGAGUUUAUCCAGAGAUUUCCUCCUACAGAAGUGGAGAAUCUGCCUUUGUGGCAAUAUGUUUCCUUCAAGGCUUUUUCUCCUGAACUUAAAAGCCAAACAGCAAAUGAAGUCACCAUGAUUGGAAUUGCACAGUGUAAAAAAUGGUUAAGCAGCAGACAUACUUUAGGAGAACUUGAAUCUUUGAAUGUUGCACUCUCUGCUUUGCUCACUGUGUGUAAUUCUGUAAAUGAAGCUUUGGAGAUGGGCCAACAAGUAGGAGUCCUGGAAGCUGUGAGUCCACUCUGGACAAUCCUAAAUGCUAAACAGGUCUCGAGUCAACCUUGUGUUCAGUGGACUCUCAGUCUUUUACUUCCACUUUUGGGAUUUUUCAUACAAACCAUAGAACCUCAGCUGAUAAGUCAGGUAAUAACUCUGCAGACUUCUCUACUUAAAUUGGAUCCUCCAGACCAUGUUCGUUUGGCAGUUCUCAAUUUUGUGUCAUCUUUAGGGAAAAUUUUUAUUCCACAAGCUAUUCAGGAAAAAGUUUUACCUAGUUUGCCUUGCAUUUUUACCUUGCUGCUAAAUGACAAGAGUUGGCUGAUAGAACAGCAUACCUUAGAGGCAUUUACUGAGUUUGCAGAGGGGACAAACCAUGAAGAUAUUGUUCCACAGUGCCUUAAUUCUGAAGAGACAAAGAACAAAGUUAUAUGCUUUCUAGAAAAGACUAGAUUGGUAGAUGAAACAGCAUGUGCUAGAGUGGCCCGGGCCAAGUUUGAAAAGGGGAUCUUAAAUGGACACUUUGUUAAAGCAAAGGUUGAAAGAGAAAGCUAUUGGUCAACUUUACAGCCUUGUGCCAAGCGAAUACGGCAGGAGUUUCCCCUGGAGGAAGAGUACAGAUCAACAUUGCAAACAGCAGACGGGGCCUUAGAAGCAAUCCAGUUAUUGCUACAAAGAUCUCCUGCGCCUGGUUGGCUAACAGUGAAACUAGAGGAACUACAAACAAAGAUCGAUAUAUUAAAAAGUUGUGUAUAGGUAGGACUUUACCAUUAUUAAGAUCAUGGAAAAUUAGUGUUAUGUCUUCAUUCUAUUUUUUUAUUGAAAUGUGGAUAUAAUUAUUUAUGUUUUAUAACAAGCAGUUGAGAAUAGAUUUGAAAAUAAUUUUUAUUGGACAUGUUUAAAGAAUAGAAUUGAUGUUCUCAUUAAGAACUUUGGUGUCUUUUAGAACAGUUCACAAAGGGGCCAAGUUCACAUGGGACCUCAUCAUACAGCUGUACAUAUAAAUAAAUAAAUACGUUGCCCAAUCAUCUGAAAUAUCCCAUUCAAGCCCUCACUGAACCAUUACCAGUGGGACUUAUUCUUCUGGCUAUAGGGGGGGAAAUGGCACAAAAUUAAGUUAGAAACUAAAAUUUUUGUAUUUAUUAUCUUCAGAUUGCUAAAAUUGUCCUGGAAAAAUAAAAAAUACAACCUUUACUUUCCACAGCACUUGUUCUUCAUGGAAUCUGGCCUCACAUACAAAUAGCUCCUUUCUUCUAGAAUCCAGUGGUGUGAACUUUAUUUCCACCUAUGGCUUUUAGCAUAGGUCUCAGUUACUCACAGCAAUUGGCACAAACUGGAAGAAAAAAAAAGCUUCCUGGUACAGGAAAAAUAGGCUCUGUUGGGGUCAUCAUGACCUCUCUGCUAGGUGCCUGCUGUUGAGGUAAUAAUUUGUAAAACCAAUAUAGAAAAUAUUUCUGGGGUGUGCAUCAUGCUAGUUGUCACCAGCUACUAUCAUCUUCUUCCCAAUUUAAUUCUUCUUCUUCUCCCCAGCCCUCAGCUUCUCCCUGCAAUGAGAAUACAUGAAAAAACAUACUUUAAGAAGUGAAUGGGUCACACUUUACUUUUAUAUUUUGGAGUAUAAUUUGAUAUUCUGUAAAGCCAGAUAACCUUUAACAACUACGAUCAGGACUCUGAACUCUGUGUCUUUCCAAGGUUCAAAUCACUAAAAACUUGAAACAAUAACAAGGUAUGUAAGCUUUUAUUUUUAGAGACUGAUUUUAUUUUCUCUGCAACUUAACUCAAGCACAUCACCAAAGUUGUUCUAAACUCACUGAUGACAAAACCAUAUCUAUUUCAUUAUUUAGUCCUCUCUUUGCCUAGAAUGAAUCAAUAAAGCAAGCCCAUUUUGUUCUCAUUUGCCAGCUGAUCUGCUAAAAAGUUAACUAUCAUUCAAUGAGUGUCUUUUCAUGCAAAUACUUAUGGAUCCCAAAGAAAGUUUGGCUUGAGCUGCUUUGUACAUGAUGAAUGAUGAAUUGUUCUUACAAACCCUAUUAAAAUAAUGGAAUUUACUAUGUCAGGAUGUGUUUAAAAAUUAUCACACUAUGGUGACGGGAUUAUAACAUGUUGAUAACCCCUUCCAUAUUUUAAGGUCUCCAUCUUCCUUCUCUCACUCCUAAGUUCAAUUUGUUUUCUCCAUUUUUCCAAAAGCAAAUUUCUACCCACUUAGCUCAAAGCAGUGUUGAUAACAAAGUUGGUUUAAAUCCAUGUAAAAAAUUUUGGUGUGAGAAUCCUGGAUCAGUAAAAAUAAUUACAACUUGUUUUACUAAAAUGAGGGGUGUAUUUCUCUCAAGCACCCCAUGUAAUUUAAGAAUAAAUUAUCCUUACCUCUGUAGCUUCAGUUGCAGCAAAUUUUGAUGAAAAUUGCAAAGUAGUCGAGGCAUCUUCUUUGGAGACCACCCUUUCUGUCCUCAAUUCAGGGAGGAUCAGGAAAGCUUCUGAAGGUUUAAUUUCUGGGAUCAUAUCAGCAAACCAGUCCAACUCUGGAUCUUGUAUUGGUUUUCUUUUCACCUGAAUAGUAUAUUCUUCUCCUAAACCAAAUUCAGAUGGAGCUUUAGGAGGCCUCUCUUGUGGCAAUUUUAUUUGCUUUAAAUCCUCCAAGCUUUCUGGAAGGUCAGCCUUUUGGGAUGGAUUCACUUUUAGAGGCUUGGUCUCCUUUUUGGCUAGAGGAAGGACAACAGAAUCUUGCUUCUGCUCUCUUGUAUUAUUGGGCCUAGCUGGACUGGGGUCAUUCCCUGUAGAUGUGUUAGUAUCAGUAGGCUCAAAACCAUCCCAGGUCUCCUCCAGAGUCAAGUUAGUGAACUGAGGCCUAGGAGUAUCGCACGAUUCUACAGGCCAUAUCUGUAUGUCCACCAUCUGGUUCUCAGAGGGCUCCUCAGGCUCACUCCAAUCUGGCCAUUCCUCUCCUGAUUUUUUAGAAUUUGAGGGAAAGUUUGUACCACCUCCUAAAGCACUUCUCAUUGGUGGGACUCCAUUCACAGAGAGCUGAACAGGCUGAGGAGCCUCCUCACCUGUGGGAGAAAGAAAACAUAUAAAUAACCCAGGUAUUGGCUCGUAUGAGAUUGUGGCAAGGGUUUCUUUACGAAUCUCAAGGAACAGAAAUCUAAGAGUAGCUGAUAGUUGAUGCUGUUUUGGCAGAAAUUAAAUCCUAGGUCUUUAAAUGUUCAAUCUUUAUAUGUGUCUUCCAUAUCUAAAUUUUCAAUUAAAAAUGAGUAGCACCUCAGAAGAAGUGCAGAGCCCUUAAAUUAGAAAACCUUUACACUUCAUAGUAUUGCUCUUAACAAUUAUAAACCCCAAAAUUUAGAACUACAGUCAGACCUCUAAAAGCAAUUCAGUCACCUAAAGAACUACAUGCUUCUUUGCUCCUUAAGUAAGGAAGCAGUACUAACAAAUGGUAGCUUGUAAGAUUUACAUACUUCUUUCUGUUCAUUCCCACGAUCUCUGCCCAGUCUAAUGAAAUAACAGUCAUUACCACAGGUGGUAUCACUUCCUUGUUAAAGAUGAGGGCACCUGAAAGCAAGUAAGUAGCCUGGCCCUGAGGUCCACCCCUUCCCAUCUCCCAAUUUUCACCCCUAGACACUGGUGUAUUUUCCCCUGUGUAGGAAGUGGCAGCUCAAGUGCACAAUGGUAGACAGGGCUCUGAUACCUAUUGGUGAAUUACCACAAAAGCAUCUCUCAUCGUCCCACAGUCUAUCUGCAUUUUAGAGCAGAAGACAAGGGUUGUCCUUUAAAGUUUUAGGUUUUCACUUGGGCCAUAUUCAGCUGACACCAAGGAGAUGAAAUGGGUCUAAAGAAGCUUCUCCACCUUGUUGACAGAAGUCAAGAACAUUGAGCACAAGAAGACUAGGACCUUUAAAAAAAAAAUCUUUACCUUCUUUCUUAGAAUGGAUACUAAGUAUCCAUUCCAAGGCAGAAGAGAACGGCAAGGGCUAGACAAGGGGGUUUACAUGACUUGCCCAGAAUCACACAACUAUAAAGUGUCUGAAACCCGAUUUGGACCCAGAACUUCCCAUCUCCAGGCGGCUCUCUAUUCACUGAGCAACCCAGCUGCCCCCAAACUAAGACCUUUGAAAGAUUCCACUCCACAUCAUCUUUCACUUAUUUACCUUCUAGAGAAAGAUCAGCUAUUUUUGUGAAACUUGGUGCUGUGCGUUUGAAUAUCUUGGUUCUUUCUCCUCCAACGACCACCUCUGGUCCAAGUAGGGACACCAGCACAGCCAGGCUGUGAAGGGUUAUGGCUACAAUGGAAUCAUUGGUAUCACGCAGGCCCAACAAAACCUAGGGCAGAAUCCAAAGGUCAAUGUACACAUGCACAGAAAGGGAUUGUAAUGGUUCUCUUCUCAUUUCUCCUUUAAACUCUCAUCUCCAUCUACCAGAUUUUUGGUCCUUGUAUUCCACUGUUACCUGCCCAUCUGAAGACCUCUUCACAGAAUCACAGAAUUGGAAAAGGCCUUAGCAGCUAUCUACUUCUAUCUACCAACUUUCCCCUAAAAUCCAACAGAGACAAAACCCAUGACUUCCCAAGGCAGCUCUGCUUAUAAUAUUAUUAAAUCUGUCCUAAUUUAAAGCCUAAAUCUGGCCUCUGAAAUUCUCAUUUAUUGCUAAGUUCUGCCUGCCCACUGAAGCCAUCUAGUAGCACUCUCUUAACCCUGAAAUCUUUUUUCUGGGGUGAACUCCAGUUUCUUGAACCAAUCUUCAUUCAAGUUAUAACUAACCUACUGCUUCAGCCUCUUCUAGAUCCUCUCCAAUUCAUCAGUAUUCUUCCUAAGAUGUAGAUGUGUACUCAGAAUAAAACACAGUACUUCUUGAAAGAAACGGAAAAAACUAGAAUAGAAAGACUAUUUUCUCUUUAUUCCAGGAAGCUAUCUCUAAAUAUUAUAUCCCAAUUGUCAUUAGCUUUUUGGCUGAUGUAUGUAUAUCAAACUAAAUUUCUAGUUUACUAAAACUCCCCUUUUCUUUAUCAAUAUUCAUGAUUGCACCAUCAGGAUUUUUUUUUCCAUUUCUGAUAGCUUUCUCUUCUUCAGUCUUUUUUCCCUUUUAGAGUCUUGGUUUACAACUAUUCAUUUACCUCACCCAAUAAUGUUAUAAAACAUUACUAUUGGGCAUCUUAAUAAUCCAUUUUUAUGAAAUGUUUUAUAAACAAAAUUUAUUCUAAAGAAUAAAUCACCCCCAUGAAAAACUGGUUUUUCCUGUGUAGAUAAAAAUUCAGAGUUGCUGAUUUUAAAAUUCAUAAAGUUUAGAUAGUACAGAUUCAAUUUAGACUUUUUUUGUCCCUUGCAUUCCAUUGUUUCCAGUCCCACCCACUUUUAGCUAAGGACACAAAGUUGUAUUUAUUUAACUUUUAAUUCAAACAGUAAUACCCUGCAUUUGUUGAUUUCCCACUACUGCUAGUCCUGAUUGCAUUCUGACCUGUGGCAAGAUGACUUUUUUUAGCUGCUCCUGAGUGAAGUAUUUUGCAUAGGCAUCUAUGUGAGACAGAAGCACCAUCCGGACAUGUUCUUCAUGAACUUCAAACAGCUUCAAAAGCACAGGGAUCACUCGGGCUUGAAACAGAGCUGGUGAAAGCAAACAACCUGUCCGUUUCUCUCCCUGCUUAUCUAGUUUAAGAAAUGGUGAAUGGUACAAAUAGGAAAAUAUUUCAUUUUAAUAAAAAGUAGCCUUUGAGCUUGGUAUAACUACACAAAUAAAUUACAAAGGACAGUCCAAAUUCUUUUCUGAGAUAAUCUUGCUUUUUCUGUAAUACACAUGACAGUGGGUUCUGUUGGACUAGAAGGCUCUUUCCCCAUUACAGGUUUCUCCUCCCUAUCUAUUAAGGCUGGCCUGGCCAUGCUCUUUCCAUCUAUGAAAUAAAUGUGUUACUGCUCAGCAGCUCUGCCCCUGUUUCUCCUAACUCUACCUAGAGCAGAAGGAUAGUUUUGAGGGUAAAACAAAUCAAGGUAUUUAUUCUAAGGUCUCCUUCUUGAGGAGAAAGAGCAGCAUUCUAUUCCUUCGUCAGAGACAUAAGGAUAACAGAGGAUGACAUCAAAAGAUUGUUUCUUGGAAGGGAAGUUAGAGAAGUAGCGAGUGCUCAGGAAGGAAGGGUCCCUGUACUGCUAGUAGGGGAAGAAGGAGCAACUUUCACUAGCCAAGACAGAUGUAAUCUGUGAUCCAUACCUCAAAGCUCUGGACUUUCAUAAACCAGGUUCAAACUUUGGAAACUGCCUCCCCAAAGCAUAGCUCUUUAAAUUGUUUUGCCUCUACUUAGCCUCCCCAUGGAAUCUCAGACUAUAUAUAGAUCAUAUUUUGAUUGUCACAGAAGGCCUCAGAAGGAAAAGCUCGCAAUAAUAAUGAGUAUUUUUCAUGAGUAUUCUCCUCUUUCCUACCUUUCCAAUAUUGUUUUAUUCUCUGAUGAAGAUGUGGAAUGGCCUUUGUCCUCAGCAAAGCCAAUCAAUUCUUUCACCCUCUUGUGGGUAAUUCUAACAAAUAUCCAAUCAUCUUAGAACAAUACCAGAAAAGCAGUUAUUGGCUCCAAAAUGGACAUGUACUAUUAGGGUCUAUCUUUACCAGACUGCUUCAAAAAUGAGAAUGGUCUUAGCCUUUAUUGUUAAAAUAUCCUGAUACUAUAUUAAAUCAACUCUAAAAUGUUACUGAUUUUUGAAAUAUCUACUGUUUUUCAGACCACAAUGUCUUGGUCUCAUGAUCCUGGGAAGUAUCUUAAACAAGUUGGAAAAUCAUGAUAAUUGUCCCAGUUCUAUUACUGAUGAAGAGUUAUUGUCACCUCCAUAUUCCUUAGUUUUCGCUGCCAAAAUGUGAGAAUAGUGCAUCAGUACUGGCUAUAAAUAGUUCAUGUAAAAUGAAAUUUGGUAUAGGGCAAUAUACCUUAUAAAGUGUAAUCUAAGCUCCAUAGGUGAGCAAUAAAAUUCCAGAUGAAUAUUUGUAAAAUAGAUGUUGUGUCAUGUGCAAAAAUCUAUAUAGACACUGGCUGAUAAUAAUUCAAAUUUAUAGCUAUCAAAAACGCUUAAAAUAUUCACCUUUCUUUGGACCAAGCAAGUGAGGAAGAAAACUUUUGACAGCUACUGGUUCUGCAAACACCAGUUGGUUAAGCAGUAGAGGGACCAAUCUUGAAGCUAUCAGUUCCUGUGACAAGCCGCUGACUCUAUCAAGCAGAAAUCUA